AUGGAUCUUGGCAAGGCGAAGCUGCUCAGGACAGGUCUGAACACCCUACACCAAGCCAUCCACCCUGUGCACGGGAUAGCAUGGACGGACGGCAAGCAGGUCUGCCUCACGUCCCUCUACUUCCAGAACGGGGAGGUCACGUUUGGAGACACCAACGUUAUCGGCCAGUUUGAGCACGUCUUUGGGCUUUUCUGGGGUCCGCUGUGCUGCUCGGACUCCCCUGCGUUACUUGCUGUUCAGCACAAGAAGCACGUCACUGUGUGGCAGCUGCAGCUCAGCGCCCUCGAGCAGAACAAGCUGCUCUGCACGCAGACCUGUGAGAUGAGUGAGCCCUUCCCCUUGCUCUCCCAAGGCUGUGUGUGGCAUCCCAAACUGGAUCUUGCUGUUCUGACCAAGAGGGACACCUCUGUGCUGUUUUCUGUGCGUGUGGACAACAGGAGGACCAAAGCAGACAUCAAAGGUAGCGGACUGAUCCACUGUGCAUGCUGGACUAAGGAUGGUACUCGCCUGGUGGUGGCUAUGGGCAGUGCGCUCCACUCUUACAUCUGGAAUGACAUCCAGAAGAGUCUGGUGGCCUGCUCCUUCUGCCCCAUCUUUGACGUGGGAGGCUACAUCUGUGCCAUCGAGGCAACGGGGGAAGCUCAGGUAGCCGUGGCGACAGAGCUGCCUCUGGAUAAAAUCUGCGGGUUAAAUGCGGGCAUUGCCUUCGACAUGCCCUCAGAGGCUGAGUCCCACGGGGCCCAUGUGGCCAUGUCAGAGGACGACAGCGUCUUUCACCCAAAAAGAAGGUCUUCCGAAUCGGAGCGGUCUUACAUACCCAGCUCAGGCCCUCUGGAUCUAACCCACCUCUUGGCCAGGCACCGCCGCUCCGACCCCAGCCCCCUUAUUAACCUGCGUCGCAGAGACACUGUGACGGGCUCGGGCCAGGACUCCUCGCACCUCAUCCUGGUGACCUAUGAGCGGAAAGUCACCACCACUCGCAAAGUCAGUAUCCCCGGGAUUUUGGUCCCAGACAUUGUAGCUUUUGACCCACGUGGCUCCACGGUAGCAGUGGCCUCAAACACCUGCAACAUGGUGCUUGUGUACUGCAUCACAGCCUCCACCAUGCCCAACAUCCAGCAGAUCUCUCUGCAGGCCAACGAGAGACCUAAAGGGGUCUGCUUCCUCAAUGACAAGAUGCUGCUGCUGAUGGUGGGCAAGCAGAAGUCCAAUGACCCUGCCUUUCUUCCCUCUUCUAACACAGAUAAAUACAUUCUUCGUCUCACAGCUAAAGAGUUGAUCUACGACGGAGAGACCCCCAUCCCAACUUCGCCAUCUCCUCACAAUCACGACUCUACUACUAAUUUCACCCCAAGGAUUAGGAGGCAUUCGGAGAACCUGUCAAAGGACGACAGGGAGCGAACAGGGAUAAAGGAUUUGGUGUUGCCUGGAGGGGGAGUAAUUCGUUCGCCAGCAAACAGACGCAGGCUCGUUGAGGAGUUUAGAAGCGGUGAGCCAAGCCCCGUCACCAGCUCUGUGGACUUCUCUGACCGAGCGUCAGACCGAGCUACUUCCAGUGCCUCCUCUGUCACAGUGGAGAACUUCGACAUGGACCACGUCAACCGCAUGAGCAGCCUGGCCGUCGCCGGCCAGUCCAGCAGGGACUCCAGCCGGGCCGGGUCGCCUCGCCUGGAGCUGUCGGAGAAGCUUCACUCUGAGGCCACACUGCCGAUGCCGGACAAGACUUCAGGUCCCGUCAGGGACCGCGCACUGGAGCAGCUCGUCCUUAACAUGGAGAGGCUUUUUAAUCGCUUCGCAGACGUACAGCAGUGCCUGGCAGAAAUCAAAGAUUACACGCCGAAUGGGAAGAAGGCCCCGAGUGUUUACCCUCAUGCCUCUGAACCCCCCUAUGUCAAUGUGACAUGUCAGAAGCAGUUAUCAGAAAACGUGUUCAUCGAUGAACGGAGGCCAGUGCUGCUGUGUGACGGGAAGCUGUGUCUGCGAGCCCUCCAGGAACUCUUCAAUCUUACUAUUGUGGAGAUGAUGUAUGGUCCUUUGUGGAUUGUACUUGUGGCGGAUGCAGACGGCUUUGUGCCUCUGGCGUUCAAGCCCAAAGAGGAACUCACAGUUCGGAACGGGAAAAGGAAAACUAACAUACGGACUCCUGAGAGCUCCUGCCCACCAAGUCCGGCUCCGGGACAAAUCCACCAUAAUACCGUGGAGGCCUCCACUUAAUGCCUCUUUACAUACACAUCCGUUUAUGGACUCGUGCCGGGUGUAUCUAUGUUACUUCAUUAUAUUUGACUGGAGCCUAGUGUGCAAGGAUAUCCCGCAGAUAUGGUGUAAACAUGUAGAACCUCACUAAUGCAGACACAGAUUUAUUUUUGUAAUGAAAUACAACCAUGAUUUUAAAAGGGCACUCCAUUUACAAUUAAUAUUGACAUGUUCUACUUUGUCAUGCUAGCUCAACUGACAGGAGUCUGAGUUGCUGAUGCCAUCCUCGUCUUUUCCGUUCAUUUGAUGUUGUCAAGAUGCAGUCAGUUCCAUGCAGUCUAUUUAUUAUAGUGCCAUGUCCUGCUACCAAAAGCUUAGCUUAUGUUUGAGGUUUCUCAGAUACAUUUUGUACGUCCUGGGACAAUGACGUACGAGGGGAAUGUUUUGCUCUUCUGUUGUUAGUUAUCUGAAGAGUGCAGGUAUCUUCACACUUGAAAUUGGGUGUAUGUCAUCAGAUUUCACUCACAAAAUGUCUUGAUGAGCACUUUCAGGAUGAAUAGUCGGCAAAUAUAUAGCAUAUCUAAGAUGUUGAAGAGAACACAUUUGAAGCACUUUUACCUCUGAGAGACUGUUACGAAGCGUGGUUGCACAACUGGCCACUAGAGGGGGCGAGACUCAUUGGCAUUCAGUUGUUCAGCGCUUUGUUGAAGACCAAAGUAGCAUGAAAGUGUGUUGUCUUUCAAAUGACUUAUCUUGGUAUCCUUUUUGAAAAUUAAAUUUGCAUAAAUAGUG